CUGUGAUCUCUGCUGACGAGCUCACUCUCUGACUCGCGAAAAACAGUGGAGCUCUCUUUCUUUCUGCUCUGCUGUGACUUUGCUCCUUCAUUUGGAAAUGAAUUUAUCGGGAUAAAACUACUUUUCUUGAGGAAAACAAGGGAAUCUACUCGGUUCAGCCAUGGAGACUCUACACGCCUUCAUUUCGCUUCAGAUUAUCCUCAGUUUCGCACACCGAGGUUUGGGAUUAAUGUCUGAUUAUAAAACGUGUGGAGACCCAGCAUGUGAACGCAUGAUGAGUCGCGUGCAGGCCCUGAGGGACCACCACGCUCAGGACUGCAGGUUCCUAAGCUUUAAAAAAGGAGACAUGAUCGUUGUUUACUACAAACUUUCAGGCAAAAGAAGUGACCUUUGGGCCGGGAGUAUAGACAAGCAGUCUGGAUUAUUCCCCAAAGACGCUGUCAGGAUUGAUGAGGUUUUUGUUGAUGAGGAAAAAGAAAUAAAGAUGCCCACUCAGAAAUAUGACUUCUACUGCAUGGAUGAAUUUGGCUCAGUAAUUGAGAGUGAUUCCAAUGAAAUCGAGGAUCAAGACGAUCAACAUGAUCAGCACGAUCAAGACGAUCAGCAUGAUCAGCACAAUCAAGAAGAUCAAGACGAUCAAACUGCAGAGUCUGAAGAAUUAGGUAACAGUGAUUUUGAUGAUCCACUCUCAAAAUCCGCUGAAACAAAUGACAUUAUCAAAACUGAGGAGGCCGGCCAGAGUGCCACUCAAGAGUCCUCUAAACAGGAUCCGGAGAAAUCCGAAAAAAGUGGGUCCUCCUGGAUUGGCUCUGCUGUGAAUGGCUGGUUUGGUGGUGGUGAAGAAGUAAGGCAUGAUGAACCCCCAGAAGAAGGCAGUGAUCAGGUGUCCUUCAAGGGCAGAAAACUAGCCUUGGACAUUGAUGAAAACCAACUGCAAGUGGAAAAACAAGCUAAAACGUUUGGGUGGAUUGGAGAUGAGCUGACCAAUGUUUUCGGAUUUGGGCAGAAAGCUUUGAAAGAUACUACCGAGGAUUCACCUGAGGACGUAAUGCAAAAUGACGAGAACUCUCCCAGUACACAGUCCAGUUGGCUGGAAAUGGGAAUAAAAGAUGUUUUGAGUUUUGCAAGUGGAGACAACCUGGUAAAAUCUGAAGCUGAAGACAAAAAUGAAGGUUCAAUUCCCAAAGAUGAGAAGAAUUUUGAACCUACCCAACCUUUGGACAGCACUGAGGCCUCACAAGGUGACAACAAUGAGCCAAAUCAAGGUGAAAGACAAGAGGCCACGAGUUUUAUAGAGGAAGAUGUGGAUCCUUCAGCUGACAAGAACACCGAAAGUGAGAAAAUACGUGGAAAAGAGGAUUCAGGAUGGUAUGGCAGCGUCUAUAACCAAUUUACCAGCUUUUAUGGAGACGCUAAAGACAAAAUUGACAUUAGUAAUGAUGGUGGAGGAGACGGUUUGUCAGAGGCAGAUGUCCAACAACCAAUUCAAAGCAUAGAAGAUAUAGAAGAUGAGGGAAGCCAAGGUACAGAUGCAGGGCAGUCUUUAUUUUCUGUCGAUCGCCUUUCAACAGUGUUUGAUGGUCUAAAAUCACGAUUUCAGUCACACACGGCUGAAAAAGAAGUGCAAAGUGAGGAAGAAAGGCCUCCAGAACAGACAGAUGCAGGUAAGGCAGCCUUUGAUGAUCGGCAGAGUGAUAAAGAUGAAGAAAGCACUGGUGAUGAUGAGAUUAACCCUAACUCAGCAGAUUUGAUUAGUGAAAUGCAGCCGUUAUCUGAUGAAGAGCUCACUACGGGAGUUAGCUUUUUCUCUGAUGAUGUAAGAGAGUCAGAAGACGUUUCGCAAGAGAUUAACAUACAGAGUGAUGAUGCACACGAAAGCAAAGAAGCAGAAAUUCCUGAAGCAAAGCCGGUUGAUGACAUUGUCCAGACUAAAAUGAAUGCUGACAGUUCAGAGACGGAGCAAAGCCAGGCAGAUGGAGAAAAUAAGGAAGAUACAGAUAUUUUUGGUGAAAAAGUGACUCUCUUGUCUGAAUUUGGUGACUCUGUUGCUUCAAAACUGUCAGAAAACCUGACAGAAAAGAGAUUCCCCAGUGAGGAACCAGCAGAUAUAGAUGUACUAGAAUUAGAUGCUGAAUUAGACCCAAGUGUAGACCAUGAUCAACCAAGUCUCUCCACUGAUCAAAGUGAGGACAUCCAAUCAGUGCUUAAUAGUGAUGAGACUGAAGCUUUAACUGGGGAUUCAGAACUAAAAGAGCUGGUAGAAAGUGGCCAUUUGGGUGAUAUUUUAUAUGGAGCAGACCAAAGCAGUUUAAACAUUGACAGCGAGACCAAGACAGUUAAUAUGGACACAUUUGAGGCAGCACAGUUGGAAAAUUUGACGUCAGGCGGAGACAAGGUAGAAGAUUCCACAACACCUGAAACAUCAGAAAGACAUGAGCACGAUGUAAAUGCUAGGGACAGUAAUAAAGAUGAUGAUGAUCCAAAAACAGAUGGAUUUAGCAGCUAUCUUGAGUAUUUCAGCGCCCAAGAAGACACAAAAUCUGAGACAGCAUCAGCUAACACUGAAGAGAUAGCCCAGGAACGUUUGGAUGUCAAUAAAGAUGAAGAAAUCCUGCUUGAUCCCAAAACAAUUGAAUCCAGCAGCUAUCCUGAAACACACUUAGGUUCAGAUGGUCAGAAAGGAGAUGAAUCCAUUCUGGGGUCAAAAACAGAGCAGACAGAGUUAGCUGCAGAUAAAGAAAGUGUAGACAUCAUUCGGGAAAAGCAGGAGAGUUUAGGCAUCCCUCUCAGUUCAGUUGAAACCAAAGAGGAAUGGAAGCAUGAGAAUGAUCCUGAUGACUCCAAACAGGAAUACGCCACGCAUGAGAAACUAGCAGAUGCUAUGCCUUGCCAGACUGAAAGCCAGCCAAAAGAAACCCAAGAGAAAAUCCCAUCAAAAUACAGCCCAGCCAGUGAACACCCCUGUGAUUUUAGCCAUGCUAAUGGAGAACAUAGUGAUCAGGUUAGCUUAGCAAAGGAUGCUACUGACCAUACAGCCCUUGACAUCAGCUUAGAUAGCACUGAAGAUAUUCCAACAUCUGAAGAAAGUGGUAUUCCCACAGAAAAUGAAAAUCAGAGGGAAUUAGAACACGAAAAAACAGUUCAAAACGCUAGCAAGGACGCUAACACACUUGACGGAGAGCAUAGCUAUAAAGCUAGCUUAGCCAAGGAUGCUUAUACAGAUCAUAACAUCAGCCUAGACAGCACUGAGGACAUUCCAACAUCUAAAGAAAGUGGUUUUCUCUCAGAAAAUGAAAAUCAGUUGGAAUUUGGAGAUAAAGAACCAAUCCAGAAUGCUAGCAAGGGUGCUAACACUCUUGAUGGAGAACAAGGCGAUCAUGUUAGCUUAGCGAAGGAUGCUAAUACAGAGCAUUCUACCCUUGAUGUUAAUAGUCCAGACAUUAUUGAAGACAUUACAUCUCAAGAAAGUGAGUUUCUCUCAGAAAAUGAAAAUCAGAUGGAAUUCGGACAUGAAGAACCACUUCAGAGUGCUAGCAAGGGUGCUAACACACUUGAUGGAGAUCAUAUUAGCUUAGCCAAGGGUGGCACUGAUCGUGCUGCGCUUGACAUUAGCCAGGACAGCACUGAAGACCUCACCACAUCUGAGGAAAGUGUAUUUCUCUCAGAAAAUGAAUUUGAGCUUCAUAGUGAGGAUGAUAACACACAUGAACAUGAUGAUGGUGUUGAAGCAAAAGUGGAGACUAGAAGCUCAGAUAUAACUGAAGAAGAAGUGAAUGAUGAAAGCAUAAUAGAUGAUCCAAUAGGGAAUAACAAAGAGUCGGAUGCUGUGGAGAAAAACCUUCUAAGUGUCUCUCAAAGACAAGAAGAAGUGACAGAAACUGUGGAAAAAGAGGACCAAACAUCUAACAGCAUAGAUACCCAAAUCAGUGAUGCACAUAUAUCAGCAGAGAGGCCUCAAAUACCCACAAGUAAAGAAUAUCCCAACCUACAAGCUCAUCUCAGUGAGGAGAAUAUUAAGGACCUUUUGGAGGUUUUUGGUGAACACAGGUUAUCAUGGCUGGACAAAAACCUUGGGCAACUGGAAAAGGUUGGCCCAGGUCAAAGGGAAGAUAAUGAAGAUCUUUCUAGGCUUAGUGACUUUGAACAAACGCUGGAAAAUCGCAUGAAAACAGGAACCAGAAAUGACGAAGAUGAUGCAAGUCUGCUUGUUGAGACCUAUGCUAAAGUAGACGCCCUUUUAUCCACUCUAAGAGAGAAGUUUAUGCCUGUGAUAGCAGAUGGCAGUGUAGAUAAAGGCCCAGAUCCCAGUCCAAAGGAGUGUGGCGAUGAAGGUUGUGUCACUUCGAAUGAAGAAACUCCAAACUAUGAUGAAGACACUGGAAAUGAUCCGAAAGUUGAAGACAGCUCAAGUACGGGCACGUCGGAAGGCCUGAUCAAUAACGCCUUCUCUGAUGAACAAGGCCUUUCAGAAGAUGUAGCUGAUGAGAAUCCCGUACCAGAGGACGCCCAGGCGCAGGACGGAGAUGCAGCAACAUCAGACUGGAUGACAACGAGCAAGAAAACUGAAUCUCAUCCUGAUGAGAAUCGUAGCACUGAGGAGUUUGUGGAGCCUGAAGAAACUAAGAAUGGAGGAGAUCUAUAUCAGUACGCAGCUUUUGUUGGUCAAGUCACAUCCGACACCUUUGCGUAUGUCAUAAAGGAGAGUGCACACCUGAUGGACGUCAUUUAUGAGGUUUUAACGAUGGCAGAGGAGUUUAAGAGCGAGUCUGCUGUCACGGAGGCGAACGAUAUUGGAGGAACGGCGAGGAUUUACUACAGUCUGGCGUUGGAGAAGAUUAGAGAUGUCGUGUCAUCACUUCCUGAUGAUAUUAGGCCAGGUCCUGACCUUUACGGCCUGCCAUGGGAGGUCGUCCUGUUCACCGCAUCGAUAGGAUUAUUCAUUGUACUUCUCUUCAGCUGCAGGUUCAUCCACUCGAUUAAAAGCAGACUAUAUGCAAGCAAAGAGAGGAGAAUGGGACAGAAAGUGGCGGAGCUUCUGGAGGAGAAGUGUAAAGUGCUGGAGACACUGAGCGAGUGCAAACACAAGUUUGAGAAGCUGGAAACCGCAUUACAAAAUGGAGGAGUUUCAGCUCAAGAAGCAGAGAGAGAAAAUUUAGAGGUAAUGUCUAAGAAGCUUGAGCAGUCGAACGCAGAGAUGAAAAGCGACAUAGAGAGGCUGCAGGAGGAGCUGGAGAACCAGAGCAAACUCAGAAAACAACAAGAAGAGCAGCUUGCAGAACUGGAAGAGACUUUAAAAAGCCUAGAAGAUGAAGCUAAAGAACACAAGUCACAGUUAGAGCAGGAUAAGACGACACUGAAAAUCCAUGAGAUGAACAGUGAGAGGCUGCAGAAGAAACUGCAGGCGGCCAAAGAGGAGAACACGAUGCUGCUGGAGAGCAAAGCUCAGCUGGUGCAGGAGGCGGAGGGCUGGGGCGAGCGGCUGAGUGAGUUAGAGGAGGAGAUGAGGAUGUGUGAGAGAUCACACGCCGGCAUGGUGGAGGACUGCACGAACAAAGAUGAGCGCAUCAAGUCAUUAACAGACUGCCUGUUGAAGAUGAAGGACUGGGAUUCGGAGGAAGAAGGCAGUGUGGACAGCAGCAGCGACGCCGCUGGAUCAGAGAAAGGAAGCCCUGCAGAUCUCCGUCAGAAGCAGAAAGUGCAGAAGCUCAUUCACGCAGCUAAGUUGAGUGCAGACCUGAAGGCCAUGGAGGAGGAUAAAGGCAGAGUUGUUGCCAAACUUGCAGAUGAGAUUAAAGCCAAAGAAGAUCUACAAGAUGGUAUUGAGCAGAUGCAGAAGGAGAAAGAGUCUCUGGAGUCAGAGAGCUCCAUGUACUCCAGUGAGAUCCAGAAACUGCAGCAGAAACUGCAGAUCAUGACGGAGAUGUACCAGGAGAACGAACUCAAACUGCACAGGAUGUUAACAGUGGAGGAGCGGGAACGCUCACAGAAAGAGGAGAAGCUCACCAAGGCUGGCAAAAAGAUCAGCCUGGCUGCCGAGGAGCUAAACAAUUACAGACAAAGAGCUAAAGAACUGGAGGAGGAGCUGGAGAGGACCAACCAGGCCUACAAAAACCAGAUUGCUUCACAUGAGAAGAAGGCUCAUGAUAACUGGCUGGCUGCUCGGGCUGCAGACAGAGACCUCGCCGAUGUGAAGAGAGAAAACUCUCUGCUCCGACAGCGACUGACUGACUACCAGUUUAAACUGGAGCUCAUGGAGAAAGAGCCCUAUGCACGAGACGCUCAAGGCAGACCAGUGUUUAGAGGUGAGAGAUCUCCGUAUGGACCCUCUCCGCUUGGACGGCCAUCCUCAGAAACGCGGGCCUUCCUGUCCCCCCCAACGCUGAUGGAAGGACCCCCGCGACUCUCCCCACAGUUUCCCAUAGUGCCAGGCGGCAGAGUGUCCCGUGGUGUUUUGGAGCCCCCUGCUGGUGGUUUAGAGUGUGAGAGGAGCGGGCCUCUCUCAGACAGUGGCUCAGCGUCUCCCAACUGGGAGAGAGAGCGCAGGGGUCCCGGGGCCCCCCCAGGUCCCCCUCCUCCAGACCCAGGCAUGCCUUACAGGAGGCCCCCACCUGGACCCUUUCCCAUGGGCCCCAUGCCCCCACGGCCCCCCCCUCCUGAGUCCUACUUCGGAGAUAAACCUGACUUAACGUUUCUGGGAAACAGCUCAGGACCCGGUGAGAACGAGAGCCGAGACAGUCUGCAUUCAAUGCCCGAUGAAGCGAGACCGCCUCCUGAUGCUGAUAUGAGGAUGGGUCCUCCACACGGCCCCCCAAUGCGUCUGACCCCUCCCAUGGACCCCAGAGACCCCCACUUCCCCCACAGAAUUCCAUACGGACCCCUAGACUACUUCCCCCCUCGGGGACCUGGCGGACCCCCACUGGGCAUGCGAGGACCACCUCCUCCUGGAAUGUUUCCCAGAGUUCCACUGCCUCACCCAAUGGCAUACCCAAUGAUGAGACCUCCACCAGACGGAUUUUUACCCGGACCCCCUCUUAGACCCCCUCUGCCGGACAGCUUUCCACCUGGACCCCCUCUUGGACCCCCUCUUAGACCCCCACCACCAGACAGUUUUCAGCCUGGACCCCCUCCCAGACCCCCACCACAAGGCAGCGAACAGCCGCCGGAACAGCCCCCCUCUCCACACGACGUCAUCUGAACUAGGACUGGGCGAUACGGCAAAAACUUUAAUAUUGCGAUACUUUAAGAUGUCUUCAUGAUAUACGACACAUAUCAGGAUAUUUAAUCUAGCUGAGAUUUAGAAAAUGCUGAAACUAUAACCAGACCUUUAGCAUUGUUCACUGUGUGAGGUGUAAACAGAGUGAUUCAGAGUGGUUUGGUGUGAAAUGGUUCAGAUGUCUGUACAGUGGUGGUGAUAGGAACCAGGGGUCGCCAUGACUACAACACAAAUAUAGACAUUUUAUUUACUAUCCAGAACCACCAGUGAACCUACACGAGUCUUCUGAGUUUAUAUGGAAUGUUAAUGAUGGUAAAAUAGUCAAAUCUACUAGGACUAUUUUUCCAUACAGCGCCCUGCGUGUAUCCCUCCACCAUAAAUGGAGUUUAAAAAUAUAUUUUAAGCCAGAAUUUUUGUCAGGCGUACAUAAUGUAAAUAUAGCUCAUGCAAAAGGUUAAUGGCUAAAACUAUGGAAUGUUGAUGAUGGAAAAUAGUGGAAAAUCUGAAAUAAUACUUUUCUUUGGGAACUAUUUUGCCUCACAGCGCCCUGCAUAUUAUGUAUCCCUCCACCAUGAAUGGAGUUUAUGGCCAAAAUCUUCCCAAAACUAUCGUAAAACAGUGUCUCAGUCAUCAGGCAGUGAAUUCAUAACCAUUUCAUGUAGGAACUUUCUGUGAGGGAGCUUUUAGAGGUGGACGUCUGGUUCCUAUCACCACCACUGUGAACAGUUCUGACUCGGUAAGUUUCUCUAGAACAGAGCGUUUCACACCAAACCACUCUGAACGACUCUGUUUACAUCUUAACCACUUAAUUAUUCAGAAAUGUUGAGAGAUUGGUGGAGUUUCCCUUUAAGCCUUAGAAAGCCUGAGCCAGGUUAUUGCUAUUGGCAUUGAAUGCGGCCCUAUAGGUACAGUAACUCAUUGGUCGUCAGUAUGAGGAACAGUAGAAUUAAUCUUGUUAUUAUGCACUUGUAAUUUGACAGUGUGACAUUACAGGUCCCAGCUGGCUACUUUGUAAUUGGUCUAAAUCUUUGCUUUGAUGAAAUAUGACAUUAACCAGUGUCUAGAAAUACUCUAUGAGGCCUCUGAGGUGAUCAGGAAAGUGAUUUAUCGCAGUAACAGUAACAUUUUGUCAUAUCGCCCAUCCUCAAUCUGAACGCUCUCUCCGUCUCUCUGCCUGCAUAUUGUAUGUGACUUCCUGUUGUUGUACCCGAGGGCCAUUUCCUCUGAAGUGUAACCGUUGCGGUCAUGUGACCGCGUCUCUUUCCCUCAUGUGUCGUCACAUUUCAAUGUUGGUCUGAGGGUGUUAAUAGGGAAGCUAGAGAUGAGGCGUGACGCCGGUUAUGAAAUGAAGAGGAAGAAGCAUAAUAAACACGAAUUUGUGUUCCUGGUACACUUUUUACCAAGAGGGAAGGAAACAGGAUUUAACUUAAGUGGUAUUUAAUAUAAUGCUUUUUUUAAAAAACAUUGAAUAAUUGGAAGAGAAUGGUGAAAUGUAUAUACAGGAAUUGUAUCAAUACUAUAUUGUGAAUAAAGAGAUGUAUAUACACAGGC